AAAUGGCUUAGUACUGAACCGGCAAUAGUUGAUGAAGCCAGUCAAUGAUGUAAAAGAGUCGCUGAGUCGAAUGAUAAUGAUGCGGGUGAGUAACCACAUUGUUAAUAGAGGCCGGCUUUUUCUAUUAUGUUGUCCGGCUCGCAACCCGUGUUCAGCUAUCCAUGCUGGACUUGUCAUAGGGACGGUGAGUGCAGUUGUUUCUUGUGUCUGAAUAUGUCCAAAACAGGAAUAAAUGCUAUUCUCCGCGAAGUGGACAAGUAUUUCCUUCAAAUGAAAAAUCAUCGGAAAAGCCGCUUAUGCGCGCGCAGUGCUGUCCGUGAAAUGACAUCAGAAAAGCUCCAGGUGACUGGAGAAUCGGAAUGUUUGAGGCAGUGAAUGUAAUCACGCCAGAAUUGUCAGUCUCCGGUUGUGGAACAGUGGAUCCAUGUAAUGUGAGUACGAGGCGAGCUAAACCCAUUUGUUUAGACCCCGUGGUGGUAGCUUCUCCAGAAUGGCGGAAAGAGCUCCAUUUGGAACGAUGUGUGGGUUCUUCAUCUCCCGGAGUAAAGAACAAGCAUGUAAUCCAGCUGGCUAUUGAAAGUGGGUCGACUAUUCCCAGUGGAUAAACCUUCUUGUUUUGGCGGA